AUGGCUGACGUUUUAAAAAGCCUGAACCUCCUCGAGACCCUCAAAUACUCAAUAGACAACAACAAGUUAUCAGACGUCAAGGAAGCAGUGGAAGAUCUCCUCAUCAGCAGGAUCAACUUAGCCAUGUUGGGGGACCGUGAUGAUGGAAAGACCACCUUCAUAAACUCCCUCAGUGGUCUCACUCCAGGGGAUGAUGGAGCAGCUCCUUCACCAUCCUCUGUUCCCCCAGAAGAACUGGCGAGCUACCCCAACCCCAAACACCCUGAUUUUCGCCUGUGGGAUCUACCACCCGUCCCUUUGACCUCCCCAUUUGAACCUGAGGGAUACAUGGAGAGAGUAAAGUUCUUCCGGUACAAUGCCGUCUUCAUGACGUUCUCACAGACACCCCAACCCAACAGUAUAAGAGUGUUUCUAGAGGCCCGGUCACUACAGCGUCAAAAUGUGUAUUUUAUUCUCUUAGCUUCAGAUAAGGACGCAGAAAACAACCUGGAGGAAAAGAGAAAAGCCAGUGUGGAGGCGCUGAGAUCACAGGGUGUGGCUCACCUUAAGGUCUACCUGGUGAGACCCUCAACCCUGGAGAAGUUUGACUUCCCUGACCUGUUGGAGGACAUGGGUAGAGACCUCCCAGAAAUCAGAGCCCACGCCCUCCUCCUGGCUCUCCCAACGCUAACCUCAAAACUCGUCACUCAGAAAAAAUACGCAUUCAAAGCUCUCGUAUGGGCCGCUGCAUCUCUAUCUGGUGGGGUUUCUGCUAUCCCUGUUCCCUUUGUGGCCUCUAUGGUGGACUCAAGUAUAGCAAUGAGGAUUUUGACGAAAGCUCAACUCUCUCUGUGCCUGGACGACGAAUCGGUGGAGCGUCUGGCCCGACAGCGAGGUAUUGAGCCCAUGAGACUGAAGGGGUUGCGGACUUGUGCGUUGUCCGUGGAGGUCACAAAAGGUGAAGUGAAAAAGCGUCUGGCGGCAGCAGAGAAGGACUUGGCCACAGUUUCUUCAAAGAUAGUGGAGAUGGCGAUGCCGAGACAUGCCCGCUCUGUUAGCCGCUCUUUCGCUGCAAUGCUCCAAGCCUUAAACGGCACCAUUGAUGAAAUGGCGGCUGAUGCUGAGAGGAUAGUGGCUGCUGCUCUUGGGGAGGGGAAGUGA